UCAUUCACAUUGGUCGUUGGCGAACUCCGAUGCCAACUCUCACAAGUCCCGUGUCAACUCUCUCUUCCGAUUCCCGUCUCUAAGCUCCUUCGACCUUUUUCCUCACUUUCUCGAGAGUAUUCUCGCAUGAGACUCAACUCAUCUCCAUCUGACUCCCUCCACAAUGGCGGAAGUGUCGGUGGUUCCGGCACUGAUCUGGCCUUCCAGUCCAUCCGCGAUCGCUUCCCUCUCAAGCGGAACUCCAGCCACCACCACAACCGUUCCAAGUCUGACUCUGAUCGUUCUCCGCCUCACCGCGCCCGAUCUCACCACGGCCGUUUCAACCGCAAGGGCUUCCUCUGGCUUAAGGGAAGGUCGGCGUUCUAUUCCGUUGUAAUUAUCGCGGUGUUCCUGUUCGCGAUGGCCUCGAUGGUGCUGCAGAGCUCGAUAACAUCGGUGUUCAGGCAGGGAAGCGAGAGAGGGAGGUCUCUGAGGGAGGGAUUGAGGUUCGGGAGCACGUUGAAGUUCGUGCCGGCUGUGGUUUCGCGGAGAGAUGGACUCGAUUCGUUGCGAUCGGAACCGAGGAUUGGGGUUAGGGCACCGAGGCUCGCUCUAAUCUUAGGAAACAUGAAGAAAAAUCCAGAGUCCUUGAUGUUGAUUACAGUGAUGAAGAAUUUACAGAAACUAGGUUAUGUGCUUAAGAUUUUUGCAACAGAGGAUGGACAAGCACGUUCAAUGUGGGAGCAAAUUGGUGGACAGCUUUCGAUUUUAAGUCCUGAGCGAUAUAGUCAUAUAGAUUGGUUAAUUUUUGAAGGCAUCAUUGUUGAUUCUCUCGAAGUGAAAGAGGCAAUUUCAAGCCUUAUGCAGGAGCCUUUUUGUUCAGUACCACUCGUAUGGAUAAUUCAAGAGGAUACACUUGCAAAUCGUCUUCCUGCGUAUGAGGAAAUGGAUUGGAAGCAUCUUGUUUCUCAUUGGAAAACUGCUUUUAGUAGAGCUAGUGUCGUUGUGUUUCCAGAUUUCACUUUGCCGAUGUUAUACAGUGUGCUUGACACUGGAAACUUCUUCGUGAUUCCUGGAUCACCAGUAGAUGUGUGGGCUGCAGAAAGCUACAGCAAGACCCAGUCCAAAUACCAAUUAAGGCAGGACAAUGGAUUUACUAAAGAUGAUCUGCUGGUCCUAGUUAUUGGAAGUUCUAUAUUCUACAAUGACCUAUCGUGGGACUAUGCUGUAGCGAUGCAUGUCAUAGGACCACUGCUAAUAAAGUAUGCAAGGAAGAAUGAUUCUGGAGGCUCCUUUAAAUUUGUGUUUCUGUGUGGUAAUUCCACUGAUGGGUAUGAUGAUUCUUUACAGGGGGUGGCUUCACGUCUAGGACUUCUUCAUGGUUCUGUAAGGCACUAUGGCUUGAAUAGUGGUGCAAACAGUGUGUUAUUAAUGGCUGACAUUGUUCUCUAUGCUUCCAACCAAGAUUUACAGGGUUUUCCUUCUUUACUUAUCCGAGCCAUGACCUUUGGAAUCCCUGUUGUCGCACCCGAUUUGCCCAUCUUCAGAAAAUAUGUUGUUGAUGGUGUGCAUGGGAUAUUUUUUCCAAAACAUAACCCUGACGCUUUGAUGACGGCUUUCUCACUCUUGAUUUCAAGUGGAAAACUCUCUGAGUUUGCUCAAGCAGUUGCUUCCUCUGGAAGACUGCUUGCUAAGAACAUGCUGGCAUCAGAAUGCGUAACUGGUUUUGCAAGGAUACUGGAGAAUGUACUCAAUUUCUCAUCAGAUGCCAUGCUGCCAGCUCCUAUUUCUCAGCUUCAGCAGGGAGCAUGGGAGUGGAAUCUGUUCAGGAAGGAAAUAGAAUUGAGUACUGGUGAGGAGCAAAUCAGUGAUGGGAAGGCUACUUUCUUUGGGAAGAUUAGCGUUGUUCAUGCCCUUGAAGAAGAGUUCACCAAUUUUGUUUAUUCAACAAAUGCCUUUGAGAAUGGAACUGGGAUUCUGCCACAAGAUAUCCCCACUAAACUAGAUUGGGAUGUUUUAAGGGAAAUAGAGAGCUCUGAAGAAAAUGAGAGGGUAGAAAUGGAGGAGCUUGAAGAAAGAGUGGAGAGAAACAUUGGGGAUUGGGAUGAAAUUUAUCGUAACGCUCGAAAAUCUGAAAAACUUAAAUUUGAAGCAAAUGAAAGGGAUGAGGGAGAGCUUGAGAGGACUGGUCAGCCGGUGUGUAUUUACGAGAUUUACAGCGGAGCUGGGUCCUGGCCUUUCUUGCACCAUGGUUCUUUGUAUCGUGGUUUAAGUCUUUCUUCAAGAGGACGGAGGUUGAGAUCAGAUGAUGUUGAUGCAGUUGGGCGGCUUCCCAUUUUGAAUGACUCUUACUAUCGGGAUAUUCUCUGUGAGAUUGGGGGGAUGUUCUCUAUUGCAAAAAGGGUGGAUAACAUUCACGGAAGACCUUGGAUUGGGUUCCAAUCAUGGCGUGCUGCUGGUAGGAAGGCUUCACUGUCCUUAAAAGCUGAAAAGGUUUUGGAAGAAACAAUACAAGAUAACACUAAAGGAGAUGUUAUAUACUUUUGGGUGCGCUUGAACAUGGAUGGAGCUACCGGAAGUAAUGGCGUGCUCACUUUUUGGUCAAUGUGUGACAUCUUAAAUGGAGGACACUGCAGGUCUGCUUUUGAAGAUGCAUUCCGCCAGACGUAUGCAUUGCCAAUGCAUGUAGAAGCUCUACCACCCAUGCCAGAAGAUGGUGGCCACUGGUCUGCUCUUCAUAGCUGGGUGAUGCCAACCCCUUCCUUUUUGGAAUUCAUCAUGUUUUCCCGGAUGUUUGCUGAUUCUCUUGAUUCCUUGCACACCAAUCCCACAAAAAACAAUAUGUGCUUACUGGGAUCCUCAGCGCUCGAGAAAAAGCACUGUUACUGCCGCAUAUUGGAACUCCUGGUCAAUGUGUGGGCAUAUCAUAGUGGGAGGAAGAUGGUAUAUAUAGAUCCACACACUGGUUCACUGGAAGAGCAGCACCCAAUCGAACAACGCAAGGGAUUCAUGUGGGCGAAAUAUUUUAAUUUUACUUUGUUGAAGAGUAUGGAUGAGGAUUUAGCAGAGGCUGCGGAUGAUGAUGACCAUCCACACAACAUGUGGUUGUGGCCAUUAACAGGGGAAGUACAUUGGCAAGGAAUUUAUGAGAGGGAGAGGGAAGAGAGAUAUAGGCUGAAGAUGGACAAGAAGAGAAAAACAAAAGAGAAACUGUUUGAAAGGAUGAAGCAUGGUUACAAGCAGAAGUCACUUGGAGGAUAGAAAGCAUGUAAUCUGAACCACUCAAGUAUAAUUCUGGAACUCCUAACACUGUAACACGGUUACUGAAACCAUUUUUCAAAGAUCACGAACUGGAAAAGGCAUUUGCAGAUUGAGGUGAAGCUUAAUUCUUUCGAGCAGCAUCAGGGUAGUCAUGAAGAAUGGUUGUUCCUACUUUUAGUUUUACUGAAUAUACAUACACUAGGGAAGUGGGGCAGAGAUAAGCAGAUUACCACCCGUAGCCAGCCAGCUCGCUAGCUUUCGAGUCCUUUUUACUCUCUAGCCAGCGCAGAGGACAGUAGGUUUUGAGGGGUACCCGACCCACCUCCAUUGAAAUUCUUUUUCUUUUCUUUUUGCUCAUUCAAAAUAUUCCAAUUUAGUGAGUAAAGAUAUGCAUUCUUUCAUUAAUGUAUAUUUCAUUCUACGAAAGCAAUGGCAAUUUUGAUUAGGAUAAUGGUUGCCUUCA